AUGUCCUGCCGAGAUAAUCGCGGUUCCGUCCCAGAAAGGAACGGAGGAGAAGAUUCUUCUCCACACACGGACCGGUUUUUCCACGGAAUUUCAAACUGAUUCCGUGAAGAACAAUCGAAUGGAUUGAUCGUCUUUGGAUCAUUCUAACCAAGGCAGAUUCGCUUUAGGAAAUGUGGAAAAGGGGUCUAAAUGGCCUUGAAACCUAAAAAAAAACCCUAGAAUGAGCAUUCCAGAUCGUUCUCCAGAUCUAAAUGAAAACUAUUUUUUCGAAAAAAAAAAAUUGAAAAUUUUCUGAGAGACUCAAGUGAGCCUAACUUUACUCAGGAACGCCAGAGUGGUCCCUGUAGGGCCAACCAUAGGAGCGCUUGAAGGUUCCCCUGUAGGGGCCACUUGAGCUUUCGAAAGAGGACCCAAACGGAGAGCAUGCUAGAAAAUUUAAUAAUCAAUCAAUUUUUAUUGAAAACGCUUUCUAAAACAUUAAAAGACCCUCAUAAAGCCCACCUAAGUUUUCCCCUUUAGGGAGCACUUUUCUGUCCCCUACAGGGACUGCUUUUUUCCAACCCCUAUAGAGACCAUCAUGGCAUUCCUCAGUCCAUAUCAAGACACACGAGGACCUAGAAAAAACUCGGAGAAUGACCAAAAACCAAACUAAGGAGCUUGAAGCUCUUCAUGAUUGCCCAAAAACCUUGACCAAAAUAAAAAUUACACUACUUCUAACAAAAAUCAGUAAAAAUCUUUCAGAGCUUCUUCCAUAGACUUUCUAAAGAACCCCAUGCUUGAAACUUUCCAAAAUCACCUAAAACCCCAGAAAUCGGAGAAUGACCAGAAAAGGCCUUUGAAAAUUUUCACUAAACUAAGGAGCUUCAAGCUCUUCAUGAUUGCCGAACAACGUUGACCGAAAUAAAAAAAUUAUAUUAUUUCUAACAAAAAUCAGUAAAAAAUCUUUCAGAGCUUCUUCCAUAGACUUUCUGAAGAGCCCCAUGCUUUCCAAAACCACCUAGAAUCCCAAAAAAGUCGCUUUUUCCCCCUGUUUUUAAUUUCUAUAUCUAUGCGGUCUUCCCAUGAACUAAAAAAAUUUUGAAAACCUCAUUUUCUUGGGAACCUCUAACAUUACUUCUCUUACUUAUAUUCUCAUGCAAAACUCAGAAAAAAAGAUAAAAAAAGUGUGAGUUGGGAACCUUUUCAGGGGAUCUAUAGAUCGAACGAGGUUCUCUGUGAAUCCUUCCCAUCUCUCGCAAAAUCCGGAAAAAAAAACCAGGAAAAAAACCAGAAAAAGCGGAUCCGACGGGGACCAAAAUCAUGAAGAACCACAAAAAAUCAUUAUUUUCCUCUCCAAUCAAAUUUGCUCAUGAAUUAUUCAAAAAAAAAAAAACGGUCUAAAAGUUGCCUUUUUCUCAAAAAUUCCACACAAGUUCGGAAUUUUUCGGAGGGGCCUAAGAUCGACAGGGGUUCUCCCGUCCCCUUCAGAAUCCAGAAAAAAAAGAGACGGACAGAAAAAAGAGAAGAAAAAGCGGCGGAUCCGACCCUAACAAGCGGUCGGUCGGGUGGGGAUAAACUGCCUAAGCGCCGGUUCGACCGUCUUUCCAGUCGUAGGCUUCGGAUCUAAGCCAAGCCGAGGCAGUGUGGCCAGGGCAGCCGGCAGAGCGGCACGCCGCCUCCGUUUCCGUUUUUGCUGCGUGCGCCUGCUGCCCCCCUUCGCUUCGCCGUAUAUGGAGGAGGAUGUCUCGCUUCCGAACACCUCUCCUGCCGUCGGUCGGUCGAGUAAAAAGGGAGCUUCUGAUGGACAGAAACCAGGGAGUUCUUUUGUGA